GGGUUAAAUCGUGGUCAAGAUGAAGGGGGUGAUCAUAGUUUAUGUCCUAAAAGACGUCCUUGUGUUUGGAAAGCGCUCUGUCCGCGGUGCUGAAAUCAGGUUUCUUGCUGAUUUUCUCAAUGGACCCCCGGAACACAUGGUGCACAAUGGACGUAUUUCACAGCCAUAAUUUGUGUUUUUAAAAGACACGGUUAUUUGAUCGCUUUAACGUCUGGCUACGCAUGAUCGAGCCUCUGAUUGGUUGGGUGUGGGUUAAGUGCCUUGCUCAAAGGCAUCCAGGCAGUAUUUGAUAAGAGAGAGGUCCGCGUGGAUAUGCCCCAGGUGUCGUGCUCGCAGGUCAUGGCUGGGAUAAGCGUGGAAGCACUGACAGACAGCAGAUAAUAUGCCUGCACAGUUGGCACGGCUCACGCUAUGUGGCACAAUAUGGCACGCGUAAAGAUGGGUCUCUUCGCUCUUCUGUGUCUCUCCCCAUGUCUCUUUCACGUUCCAGUGCUCUGCCAUAGCAGCAACAUCUAUGAACGGUCGGUGGUCCCUCGCGCCGUGUCUCGCUCCGUGGCUCGUAUGGACGGAGACGUGAUCAUCGGUGCACUAUUUUCCGUCCACCACCAGCCGUCUGCUGAGAAAGUGGCUGAGCGGAAAUGCGGGGACGUCCGAGAGCAGUACGGCAUCCAAAGGGUGGAGGCCAUGUUCCACACGCUUGACCGGAUCAACUCCGACCCAAACCUCCUCCCAAACAUCAGCCUUGGCUGUGAGAUCCGGGACUCCUGCUGGCACUCAUCUGUUGCCCUGGAGCAGAGUAUUGAGUUCAUCCGGGACUCCCUCAUCUCCAUCCGGGAUGACAAGGACGGGUCCAAAUGGUGCAUUGACGGUACCCCGUCCAAUCAGCCACCACCCUCCAAGAAACCCAUUGCUGGAGUGAUAGGACCCGGAUCCAGCUCAGUGGCUAUUCAGGUGCAAAACCUGUUACAACUAUUCAACAUCCCGCAAAUUGCCUACUCUGCCACCAGCAUCGACCUGAGCGACAAAACUUUGUUCAAGUACUUCUUGAGGGUCGUUCCCUCAGACACCCUCCAGGCCCGGGCCAUGUUGGACAUUGUCAAACGCUACAACUGGACCUAUGUGUCUGCAGUCCACACUGAAGGAAACUAUGGGGAGAGCGGCAUGGAGGCCUUUAAGGAGUUGGCCUCUCAAGAAGGCCUGUGCAUCGCCCACUCGGACAAGAUCUACAGUAACGCAGGCGAGAAACACUUUGAUCGCCUUUUGAGGAAAUUACGGGAACGCCUACCCAAAGCUCGCUUGGUGGUGUGCUUUUGUGAGGGCAUGACUGUGCGUGGUCUUCUGAUGGCCAUGAGGCGACUUGGCGUGUAUGGGGAAUUCCUCCUUAUUGGCAGUGAUGGAUGGGCAGACCGUUAUGAGGUUGUUGAAGGUUAUGAGCAGGAAGCAGAGGGAGGGAUUACCAUGAAGCUGCAGUCAGAGGUGGUCAAGUCCUUUGAUGACUACUACCUAAAGCUGCGUCUGGACACCAACACCAGAAACCCCUGGUUCCCCGAGUUCUGGCAGUAUCGAUUCCAGUGUCGCCUCCCAGGUCAUCCACAGGAGAACAAGAACUACAAGAAAGUGUGCACCGGAAACGAGAGUCUGCAUGAAAACUAUGUUCAGGAUAGUAAGAUGGGCUUUGUCAUCAAUGCCAUCUAUGCCAUGGCUCAUGGCCUCCAUGAUAUGCACAAGGAGAUGUGUCCGGACCAGACGGGGCUCUGUGAAGCCAUGGACCCUAUUGAUGGCAGCAAGCUGCUGGACUACCUGCUGAAGACGUCCUUCAGAGGAGUCUCAGGGGAGGAGAUUUAUUUUGACGAAAACGGAGAUACCCCAGGCAGGUAUGACAUCAUGAAUCUUCAGAGUGUGGGUGAUGAUCGUUAUGACUACAUAAAUGUGGGCUCCUGGCACGAGGGCAUCUUAAGCAUUGAUGACAAUAAGCUUUGGAUGAACAGCAGUGAAAUGGUUCGCUCAGUCUGCAGCGAGCCCUGCUCCAAAGGACAGAUAAAGGUGAUAAGGAAAGGCGAGGUGAGCUGCUGUUGGAUUUGUACCACCUGCAAGGACAAUGAGAUUGUCCAGGAUGAAUUUACCUGCAAGGCAUGUGAGCUGGGAUGGUGGCCUGAUGAGAACCUGGAAGGCUGCCAGCCUCUGCCUCUGAAGUAUCUUGACUGGGCAGAUGUGGAAUCCAUAGUUGCAGUUGUUUUCUCCUGUGUGGGCAUCCUCAUCACCUCCUUUGUUACCUUUGUGUUCAUCCAGUACCGUGAUACACCUGUGGUUAAGUCCUCCAGCAGAGAACUCUGCUAUAUCAUCUUGGCAGGCAUCUUCCUGGGUUAUAUCUGUCCAUUCACCUUAAUAGCCCGUCCCACAGUGGCCUCCUGCUAUCUGCAGCGGCUUCUGGUUGGCCUGUCAUCUGCCAUGUGUUACUCCGCUCUGGUGACCAAAACUAAUCGAAUUGCUCGUAUUCUGGCUGGCAGCAAGAAGAAGAUCUGCACUAGGAAACCACGCUUCAUGAGCGCCUGGGCCCAGGUGAUCAUUGCCUUUAUGCUAAUCAGUGUGCAGCUAACUCUGGAGAUCACAUUAAUCAUUCUGGAGCCUCCUGAGCCCAUCAAGUCAUACCCAAGUAUACGCGAGGUCUACCUCAUCUGCAACACCAGCAACAUAGGCAUGGUGGCACCACUGGGCUACAACGGCCUGCUAAUCAUGAGCUGCACCUACUAUGCCUUCAAGACGAGAAACGUCCCUGCCAAUUUCAAUGAAGCCAAAUACAUUGCCUUUACAAUGUACACUACCUGCAUCAUCUGGUUGGCCUUUGUGCCGAUAUAUUUUGGCUCCAACUACAAGAUCAUCACCACAUCAUUCUCUGUCAGCCUGAGUGUAACAGUGGCCCUGGGUUGUAUGUUCACACCCAAGAUGUACAUUAUCAUUGCCAAACCAGAGAGGAACGUCCGAAGCGCCUUUACCACAUCUGAUGUGGUGCGAAUGCACGUUGGAGAUGGAAAGUCUGCUGCUCAGUGUGGGAGCAACAGCUUCCUCAAUAUGUUCCGCCGGAAAAAGGCUAUAUCUGGAAAUGCCAAUUCUAAUGGCAAGUCUGUGUCAUGGUCUGAAUCAGGUGCAAGACACCCUCCGAAGGGGGGGAAUGUGUGGCACAGACUGUCUGUGCAUGUGAGGAAACAGGAAGCCGGCUUGAAUCAGACAGCGGUCAUCAGGCCCCUAACUAACACCCCCGACCCCCACAGUUGUGAACCCUCCACCGGCAACCUUGGCACAGACCUUCAUCUCUCCCAAGAACCUCCUGGCACUAAGCCUCUGUGCAACCUGGCAGAGGAAGACGAUGAUGGCGAUGCACAACGCCCCCUCUGGACUUCGACUUGCUCUGAACAAACGCAAGGAUUGGAAUCUGAGUUAGAUGAACCGGCUUCUUAUUUGCCCUCUAAUUUGGGCCCCACCACAGAGCGCUUGCAGGGGGCUGUGGUGGACACACACAGCACUCAUGUCCCACUGAAUGACCUCACUGCCAGGGAGGCAAUCCCUGCCAAUGAGCCUUUGAGCUUAACACCCUCUCAGCUUCUUUCAGCCCCACAAGCAGGGGUGUUUGAAGAUGAGGGGCCUGAGGACGAGGAACUCGACCUCUUACACAGCUACAUUUACGAUGCCAAGGAGGAGAGGGAGAGGGAGGACGAGGAUGAGGAAGGCGAGGAUUUAACUCAAAACAAGCCAACUCUGGAGGAUUCCCUGGCCCUGUCUCCCCCCUCUCCCUUCAGAGAUUCUGUGUGUUCGGAAGAGUCUGUCAACGGCUCCCCCAUCAUUGAGUUGAUGCUUGGUAGCCCUCCAAGCUCAGUCUACGCCUCAAACAUCCUCCGAGACUUCGCACAUAGCUCCUCAACACUGUGAGAGCAAAACCGCCACUGACACAGCAGCUGUCAGCAUCACACAGGCAGACAUUUACACACACAGUUACACACACACAUAGUCACACAAACACAACAGCAUACCUUUACAUUUCUAGUUAUUUUUUCAAGUGAUUUGCUUGCUUGUAGGUAUUACUUUUCUUAGUAAGUGGUCAAUCAAAACUCAAAGUGGAAGUACACCAGGAAUUAUCAGUGAGUGCUUACAUAUCUGAAGGGCUGUUAGCGCACAAAGCCUUUCUGUAAAAUGUAAAACUAGGAUCAGUGCCAAAACUAGCCAGCUCUCAUGCCAAAUUAUAGUGAAUGAUAUAACACUGGGAAUUAUAAUAAAAGAUGUAGCUGUGUUUUUGGGUGGUGGCAAUACAAAGAAGUGUUCUCUGAGGGAAGGGGAGGUGGGGGGAUGAUACUACGACACAUCCACAGAUAAGACUGUACAGUAAGUGCAUUUAAUGACAGUUUGCAUCAGCUGUGCUCCCACCAAUGCACACUCACAGGUCCAUUCACAGCUGCAUUAAGAAAAAACAAAACAAACAAAAAAAAAAAAAGCUUUUUGAUUAAUUCAUUAAUUGCACCUCCACUUUUUCUCCUCUGACCUCAUUUCAUUUUAAUAUUACAAAUUAUUUAAGAAAAAUUUACCUUGGUUGAAUAUUGCGUUUAAAUGUUGAGAGGUGAGCUCACCACAAAAAUAUACUUAAUGACUUAAGAUUUUGCUGAAGAACUGCGCUGUAUGAUAUGUGAUAUGGAUAUAAUGUGCCAAUCAAAGCUGUUUUCAACCUACAUCCCUGCUUUAAAUUUUUUAUAAUGUAGCUGAUAAAGGUAAUAGUGUGAUUGUAGAUGAUGCCGAUGUUGUUUAUUCCGUUUACGCUCCAUCACAGCCCUGGGAACAAGUUUUACACGCAUGGGAUGUGAUAAAAGAGUUGCUUUUGCUCUCCAUGCUGUGUUGAUAUUUCAUGUUUUCUGGGUUUGCUGUGUCAUUGUAAUGGAAACACACAGUUUUGUAAUACUGUUAAGCCAUCUCUUGUUUUUCACACAGGUGGUAUGUUUGUAAUACUGAUCAAUGUUUCUAUAUUUAGAAUGUCAACAGAAAAAAAAAAAGACUUUAUACAUUUUGAAACUGCCCUCGAAUACUUGUCAAGUUUUGGCAGUGUUUGGUUUUCUUUUUGGUAACUUUUACGCUGAAUCAACUGUAUUCUCUUAAACACUUUUGGUUGUAUCUGUAACCAAUGAUUAGUUGCUUCUUGUAAUGGGAUUAUACUUGUUUCAGUUUUGCUUCAAUCUUGCUAUGAACUUAAGUAGAUUACUUGAGGUUAAGUUUCUUAGUUCUUUAUCUAUAAGAAUGCAAAUCAUUUCAAAGUUUGAGACUACACAGUAAAUACCGUAGUGAAACUGUGUUGUAUUUUCAAAUAUUUUUAGUCGAUUAUAGUGUAAGUUGUUUAAUGAUUUUAACCAAUGUAAAAUAAACAAGGUGCCACCUGUUUAACACUGUUGAAUCUAGAACGAAAUAGGCCUUUAUGUUUUGGGUGAGCUAAACAUGAACAAUGCUGUAAAAUAAAAAUUAUUUAUAUUAA